AUGGCCAAAUUCUCGUUUCCCAUCCCCGGGCGUAGCAAGAAAUCGCCCGCUACGCCGACACCUUCGGAACCCAUGACCAAGGCGCACAAGAUCCUGGGAUCAACAAAUAUCAGCAUUGACAAUGUGUCGAGCACCAACCUCGCCCACUCGCCCGCCGAAGGCAAACCACCCCGCGGCGUCAUUGGAGGAGGUCGGAUGAAUGCAGCAGGCGCCGAAGCUCUGCUGAAGGAACUAGAACGGGAAUGGUCCGAGGAGUCGGACAUCGCACCUCGUUAUUUGGGUGUUGACGAUGAUCGUCUCCACGUUUCAGACCCUGGGGUUUCAGAUCCCAUUGCCUUGUUGCGCCAGCAGAACUCCUCCUCGACCAUCCGGUCAUGGUACGACAGGUCCAAAAUGCCUCUGGCAAUCUCGCAACAGACCUCGGCAUCCGCCAUGGCCAAGGGACUACCUACAAAAGCGGAGCGGGUCCUUGACAUGGACAAUGCUCUUGCCAUGGCCAAGAACAAGAAGAAACCAGCAAAGUUGGACCUAAGUCGAUUAAAACCAAUGGGCCGUGUCAGGAAAGUAUCUGAAUUGGAGGAAUCGGCGGGAAAUGGCGACGUCAAACGGUCCUCCUCUGUUCUAUCACCACGCAUUCUCCAUCGCCGUCCCACGUAUGAGCAUAUGAGGCGGCCUGCCUCUCCCGAGCCUGUCCGCCCUACGACCGGUGGACCGACGAGACCCCGACAUCCUCACAAAGAACAUAUGGACGAGCUGCCCAACCUGUACAAGCACUACGAGCAGAUGUCCUUCGCCCAGGUUCUGGGCGACAAGGUCGAACCCUCCGAGCAACAACGGUCUGCAUCGAGGAACGAUAAACCCGACGGAGUUCUGGCUGAGCUGCCAGGCGAUACAACGUAUGCCAGUUAUAGAUCACGUCAGGGGAAGAAGAAGGAAAGCGCCGAUCAGGGCCCUGCCGCCAAACCCGCCUCCCCCGUCAUCGAACACAGCCAUUUCACCCAAAUUGUUCGGGCUCCAACGCCAACCAAGGCCGAGGAGCAAGCAUCACCGACGUCCUACGCCGCAAGUGUGUCUAGUCGCCAUACUCGGACCUCAAAGGCGUCAAAACGCACCGAAACAAGUUUCCAGAUGGCCGACCUGCAGGAGAAGAGUGUUUUGAUGCUAUCAUCUGAUUCGGAGGAGGAUGAGGAGGAUCUAUUUGCCGCAUCGCCGGCCAGAAGGCGUAACCAAUCUUCACCAACUUCGGUACGGCCUCUCUCGACCAAUUCGAACAGCAUUUCCUCCUCAUUCGAAGGACGGGCCGAGGGACCCUCCUCCAGGGAGGUCCAUGAUCCCGCAGCGCGCCAAUCCAAUUCUACUGUGAAGAAGCUGAGCACCACGUCGGAGGAUCUCCUCAACAUCCCGGCCAAUGCACUGGGCAAAACCUCAACUCUGCUCUCGCCGUCAAAUAGCUCACUUGGAAGUUCUCAUUGGGGCGCCACAUUCCACUUACCCGCAACACCAUCGACGUUAUCGCUUGCAUCCGAGGCCACCACGGCUCCCAUGAGGGUGUGGCAUGAAUCGACGAGCGGGUCUGAACUGUUUGACUCCCAGUCUCUGGCGACUCAGGCUCCAUCCACUUUAGCGAGCCGAGAGUCUCAGCAAGACUGGAACAACCGUUCAUAUUUUGACAGUCGAUACUCGGGAACAACCUCGGGACGUGGUUCUAGUAGGCCUUCUGUACGUCCUCAAUCCUCACAACCAACACCUCCCUUAAGCCCUUCGUCGAUGGACUUCUUCAUCCAAUCAGCCCGAUCGUCGAUAGACGCUAGAGCCUCAACCAACGAGCCGAUGAUAAACCUCACUCGCCAAGAGCAGCUUCUCAUCACUGCACUGAGGCAGCGUCGCGAGGAUAUGCGGAAAGCUAGUGAUCGUGGACAGGAUAGCCGCCAUCAGUCCAGACCAUCAGAGGCCACCAUUACUGAUCAGUCAUUUCAGUCUGAUUUCCGACGCUCCACAGCUGGUAGCAGUGCUCGUCUCUCAAGUUUGAGGGCAAGCGGCUCCAUUGCUUCUUCUCUCAACCUCCCCAUAUCGGGUGUCAGAGAGGGCGAGUAUGGUGACAACGACUCAACAUUUACCUCCGACAGUCCCGUCUUCCUCCUCUCUCCACCGCCCCCUUCGCGACAUAAGCCUAUCACGAUCCCCCAACGGCUGAGCCGGCUCGAUUCUGAAAGGAUGACGCCUGCAGACGAUCACAUGGUCAUGUACUUGGACAGCCCUGCUGGACCAGCCCUGGCCAUCAGUGAAGGUGCUAUGAGCCCCGAGGCGCCUGGAUUCGAGGACUCUUUUUCAUCAAUGACCGAUCGCUUCCCAAGCAGCCCACACUCCUCCUCGGCUAGCCGACAAAGCAAGCGAGAGUCUUCUAUGCAGCGACAGGUUAGCGUCAAGGUUGGCAAUAGUGAAAAGAAGUGGCCGGCGAUCUCUCCCCUGCUCCCGCCUCAGCGUGAGCUUCCCCCGAUCCCUAAGAAGCGCAGGCCAAUUUCAACCGAGGAUGAGGAUAGGGGUGCUGGGAUUCCUCGACCUGACAGCCCUGUUGACUGCCCGAUCUCGCCCAUGGCAAAACAGUUCCCUGAGGUUCCAAAGGACAGGCAGACGGCGAAGAACCAAGCCGCCCGACUCAGUGCCUUUGGACCACCUAGCCCGAUCCAAGGCGGAGUCGCAUGGUGGGGUGACGAAGACUAA